ACACACACACACGCACACACGCACGCACGCAUGUAUUGUUGUUAAGGGCGCUGCUGGUGAGCCGCGAACCGUCGGUCGUUGGAGUGACAGCGACAUGAUCUGGUCAGAGCGGGUAAGAACGUAAACAGUCCCUAACGAAACAUACAACACGUCAAAAAGCAACAGCUGGUGUAGCCCAGACGACCGCAUAGCCUGCUGUAUAAGACGGAUAAAUGUAGGCUAUAUUAAAAAAUAUAUAUAUUUUAAAAAAAGCAACGUAGCGUGUUUCUCUCACAGAAAGAAAGUUCGCAUCUCUCUUUCCAGAUGAUGCUGAUGCGAGAGCAUCUCCUAUCUCUUAGGUGGGUUAGAUAGAAAGGUCCAGUCGGACCCAUUUCAUUGCGACACCUGCUUUAUUCUGUCCAUCAUUAACAACGGACGGACGGCUGUCAGAACAGAACGAACGAGCAAAUAGCGGACAGAUCUGGACCAGAACAUCCGUCUAUCGCUCACCAUGAAACAGGGUCUCGUGGACGACACGGAGGAUGUGGAGUUGGAUUUCAGUACCGAGGAGGAGGAGCAGCGAGCGCUCAGGGGGGUAAAGAUCCGACACCCCCUUGCCUCCUUCCUGCACCUGUUCUUCCGAGUGUCUGCCAUAGUAACCUACCUGCUCUGUGAUUGGUUCACCAAGAGCUUUACUUCCUGCUUCAUUAUGAUCAUCACUCUGCUGUCCUGUGACUUCUGGUCCGUUAAGAAUGUGACAGGCAGGUUGUUGGUGGGUCUGCGAUGGUGGAACCAGAUCGAUGAGGAUGGGAGGAGCCUCUGGGUGUUUGAGGACAGCAAGUCUUCUCCCCAGGCCGGUGGUACGGAGGUGGAGUCCAGGAUCUUCUGGUCGGGUCUGAUCAUCUGUCCUCUCAUCUGGACCGGCUUCUUCUUCACGACCCUGUUCUGUCUGAACACAGACUGGCUGGUAACACACACACACACACACACACACACCAGCAGGAGUAUCUUCUAG